AUGGAGAUGCAGUCGUACUACACCAAGCUUCUGGGCGAGCUCAACGAGCAGCGCAAGAGGGACUUCUUCUGCGACUGCAGCAUUAUCGUGGAGGGGAGGAUCUUCAAAGCCCACAAAAACAUUUUAUUCGCCAACAGCGGCUAUUUCCGAGCCCUGCUGAUUCACUACAUCCAAGACAGCGGCCGCCACAGCACCGCCUCGCUGGACAUCGUCACCUCGGAGGCCUUCUCCAUCAUCCUGGAUUUCCUUUAUUCCGGGAAGCUAGAUCUCUGUGGGGAGAAUGUUAUCGAGGUGAUGUCUGCGGCUAGCUAUUUGCAGAUGACCGAUGUGGUCAACUUCUGCAAAACGUAUAUAAGGUCAUCGUUAGAUAUUUGCAGGAAAAUAGAGAGAGAAGCCGCUUUCUAUCAGGCUGAUAGCGGGAGCGCUAGUUCUGCGAGAGAGGGCACCUCGUACGGCUCAAAGAGCCAGUGCUCUGCCUCUGUCUCUUCCCUGCAGGAAAAGGAAAGGAUUUCGGAUUGCCAGAGAGAUCCUCCCUGUGGUGAAUGCAGCAGCUGCCAUCCCCUGGAGCUGGUGGUCAGGGACCCCGUAAGCAGCGACUCUCCGGAUGAUGUUAAUUCUUCGCUGCCCAAGGGGGUGGAACCCAAAGUCGAGUUUGACUCGGAUGAAGUAGAGGUGGAAGUGGGGGAACGGCUGCCGCAGUAUCCGACUGCGUUGUCCCUCGAGCAGAUGGAAGAGGGGCUGCACGGCGGGCAGGCGAUGGACCUGGCCUGCAAUAACUAUCACAUGAAACAAUUCCUAGAGGCCCUGUUGCGCAACAGCUCAGCUCAGAGAAAGGAUGAUGUGGUUCAUCACUUUGUCCGGGGCUUUGAGGGUAGGCCAGAGGAUGCGGGGGUAGCCAUGAGUUCCAUGAUGGACAUUCACAGCGACUGGUAUGGUGAGGACACAGCAUUUAGCGCUCCUGCUAUCUUAGCAUUUUCACAAGACACCAGAAACAAGACAUACAGAGUCCUGAUAAAAGAAUGGUUCUCUCGUGCAUUCAGGCUGACAGAUGAGAUAAAUGCCACUUACUUUCAAGUGUCCACAUCUGUUCCAGUCAUCCUGGUCCCCUUUACAGCUGAUGGAGGGUUUCGCUCUCACACAGGUGAGAGACCCUACCCCUGUGAGACGUGUGGGAAACGUUUCACUCGGCAGGAACACCUUCGGAGUCAUGCUUUAAGUGUGCAUCGAUCAAACAAGCCCAUUAUCUGUAAAGGUUGCAGGAGAACGUUCACGAGCAGCCUGUCUCAAGGAUUACGACGCUUUGGCUUGUGCGACAGCUGCACCUGUGUGACCACAACCCAUGAGGACUCCAUGCCCAUUAACCUCAGCCUAAUGGAACCUUCAUCAGAAGGCCAAGAGAAAGGGGAUGCUGAUAACGACUGGCCCAUCUAUGUGGAGUCGGGAGAGGAAAACGAUCCAGCUGAUGAUGACGACGCCGAUGGCGAUGACAAGCAGGAAAUCCACAGGAGCUUAUCAGAUCGAGAAACACUUAUGUAGCAGUGAGAGGAGAGGGGGGAGCAUUUAAAGUGUCUCCUGGGCAGCGGUCAGUCUGCAACAGGAAACUCUGUAUUUGCCCAGUUAGUGAGACUGCUGGUUUUUAUUCCCUUUUUUUAAUAGAAGAGUGGGGAGAAUUGGAAUUUUUAAUACUUUUAAGCUUUCAGUGCUGUGCACCAGAAAUCUGUGAAGAAUCCUCUGUCUGGGGUUCAGAGAGGUCGUACUUGAGCAAUUUCCAGUGGUGUGUCUGCCUCCUAGUUUUGAUUUUGCAGGUGGAACGGAACAUCUCUGGCUUGUUUCGAUAACAGGUUUCUUCAAAUAAUGCUGUCGUGGUCCUUAAUGUGAAAGGGGCACCAUCUUCUCUCUGAAGAUUACAUUAAAGGAAAUGUAGUUUUCAUCCAUUACCUUGGGACUUUUCUAAACUAAAUUAUGAUCCUUCUGUAUUAGGACAGUAUUAUCUAAAUUGUAAACCUUAAGUGUUUGCUUAGACUGGAUUUGACCUGGAAACCAGGGCAGGCAAACCAGGAUAACAAAAAACAUGCUGCUGCUGAAAGCACAGACAGUAAGAAUAAAUAAAUUUCACGUGUCCUUAAUUGCAGGUAUGUAGAGAACGAGCUUCUCUUUCCGAUGGUUUUUACUGCAUCUUCCUCUCUCAAGAGCUUGGACUACAGAUCUUCAGAUGUGUCUUUAAUGUCAUUUAGACAUUAGUAGUCUUGGCUUAAGAAAUAUUAAGCACACAUUAUGGUGUCUAGUGUCCUGGUCUCUCAGUAUAGAUUAAGCAAACUGCCCAAUUUUCUUCAGCUUUUUACAGCAGAAGUUAAAAGCUGUCAGUCAGGUUACUUGGGAAUUCUGCUUCUGGUGGAUUAAAUGGCCAGAUUCACAGCUGGUGUAGCUGAGGAGCAGUUAAAUAUAAAUAUCUGAGCUAUGCAUAGGAACCAGCUCUGCAUACCUUUCUGAAGCAAUUGGGUAGGAAACCUCAGAAAUUUUUACUAGCCUCUUUGUAUGCAAAUCCUUUUCUUUCUCUUUUACUUGUAUUUUCUUUUAGUCUUUGGUGAUCCUUCUGAUGGUUUAUGUUGUGGGAAUUUAUCUGAGUACUGUUUGUUGCUUUUUUUUUUUUCUUAAAAAACUUCAGUGUGGACCUCAUGUUUCUUUGCUGGGCUAGAUAAAGGUUGGCUUUCAGAGGAGGUGAGAUUUUUUUUUUUACCUUUCCAGUACCAAGUUGAUAUAAGCUAUCAAAAAUCAAGCUGGGAAGCUUUAGAAGAAAAUGCACCACCAACAGAAAGCCUGCUUGCUUAUGGGUAGCCUUCUGUUUCCUAACGAAGAGACAAAACUGAAAUAUACUGUGAAAUAAGACUGUUAAUGCCUCUUUACUAUGUUGUUCCUAAGUGUUUCAUGGAAAGGCAAAUUGUAUGAGCCUUUCUAGCUGGAGUAAGUGCUAGAUCAGAAGCCCGUGGACAGACAUGGCUGAUGAAGGGUGAGCAGUUCCUCCCACUUAACAAGACAGAGCUACUUGAGGUUUUUAGUGUAAAGACUUUACACUCAGCAAACGUUAGAUGGAACCUAAAAAACAGAGAGCCCUCUGAUUUAACCAGGUGGGGGGGGGGGGUGUUUGCAUACCUUGUGCUUUUAUUUUGCAUACUGAAAAAGAACAAUUCCGCUUCUCUGUCUGCUUCAUCCUAGAGUGAAACAGUGGUCCUACGGCGAUGUCGCAAUUUACUUGUGAGAGGUGAUUCUGAUAUCACAAAUACAGUUAAGAAUUCAUUGCCAGAUCAGGUAGGAUGCGGAAAGAAGAAACAAGCUCCUUUUUAAACAAGUCACUUGAAUAGUGAUUCCUGCAAACAGCAGAAGGUAGAGACUUGUUUUGAAAAGGUCUGGUCUAAGUUCUUGAUGAGCGCUGCCUUCGCAAGACAAUACUGGCAUCACGCGCUGCGUUUAUUUUCUAUAACUGAAGUUGCAUAAGCUUUCGGUAGUCCAUAUUCCAGGUCAUCUGUAAAUUUGAGUUUGUAAUAGCUGAACAGUAUCAUAGUGACACACAUCAUCAUCAUCAAAAAAUCUCACUAGGACAAGAUCUUUAAAAAAUUCAGGGCUCUGUAGCCCUUGUCAUCUAAAUUAAGUCGUCUAAAUUAAGACCGUCAAAGAGACAACUAGUGUAGAUGCCAGAUUUGGAGCCGAGCUCCUUUGAAGAUCCUGCUGUGGUUUUCAAGAAGCACUUUUGAAAAUCUGAGCAAAACAUGGGCUUGUCAAUCUUGCUGGCACAUUUGAAAAUGCCACCUCCAGCCUACCAGGGCUAGUCUUUUGGACUGCUACUCUAUUUUUGUUGAGUCCAUCCGACAUCAGAGGGUAUUUUUUUGUUGGUAUCUAUCUGGUAAAGGAUGGACUUCUGCACCUGAGAACACCUGAAAAAGCGUCACGGAUUAUCUGUGUUUGUUGGGAGAGUAACUCGCUAAUGAAAGUGGGGUAAGAAUGUAAAUAGGGAUCCAAAAUGAUAUUUAAUGACCAGGCAUCCCAAUUUCUGGUCAUUCUAGCAUGAAGAUGCCACCUCAUUGUAAAUAUUGGUAGGGGCCACUAGACGUGGAGUAUCAGCUGAGCGUGGUUCUGGCUAGUAUGCCACAAUUAAAGCAUCAGAAGAUUCAGCUUCUCACACAGCUGAGCUGUGCUGAGAUGCGGGCUAGCUAACUCUGAAACGGUGAAGACAUUCAGAGUAGGGAAAAUGAACCUCUUGCGAAAGUCCGGAUGUAAUAAGAGCUGCAGGACUGACUGCAGAGACCUUCAGCAAUUUUACUUCAACCUGCUUUCCUUGGUCUUAGAGAUUGUUCUUGUGUGUCUUGUGCGUAGAGAAUGGAGCUGUGUUACGGUUUGUGUAGCGCUGGGUAAGGGGUGCGGGUGGGGGGUACGCCGUUCACGGUCCGGAUUGGAAGUGAUCACCAAAAUUGGGGUUUCCUGUUGAACUGUCAUGUUGUGCUGCUUUGUUUUCAAUGGAGUCCUUCAGCCUUUGUAUUUAGAAGAGGAUGUAGUUUAUCCACAUUCUUGUGAUCAGAUGUUCAUGUGAAUCUGUUUGCUGUGCUUUCCACUUUGUUUUUUGGAUGUUUUUCCUGAAAUCUUUGAUUGUAGAUCCAGCCUCUACAAGCUUUGAGAAAACGAUGUAGCUGUUUUAAAAUAUUCAUACGGUGCUCAGUGAAGAAUCAGAAAUAAUGUUUUUAGGAAAGUUAUUUCUAAUAUAAUCUCUUUCUCAAAGUUUUUUAAAGGCCAUGCAGACUACAUAUCUUAAAAGUCUUAGCUCUGCGUAAUUGACUUUGUUUAGGAGUAUACGUUUUAACGUACUUUUGCACAUAAUAGCACUGUAUUUCACUAAGGGAAUACAUGCUGCACUGGUAUUCGUAGUGCAUUUAACCUCUCGGUGCAAGACCUUGUAAAUCUUCCAAAAUGUGGUUAUUUAAUUUACUGAUGUUUUGUAAGGCGGUUUCAUAACUGAAGUCCUUUAGUCUAGUUUAAAUGACAAAUUCUUAUAAACCGAACCUUAUUUGUAGAAGUGACUUAACUAUAUUUGUGGAUCUUGGAGCAUUCUGGAGCUUUUUGAUUGUCUAGAAAAUAAAACUCUCUGAGAGGGUUGCUUUGAUUUUUUUACCGUUCGAAAGUUGACUGAGUAAACCUGGGAGUGUCUAGAUUAAGGCUCACGUUUCAAUUUCUGGGAAUUAAAAAUGCAUAUAUCCAUUUCUGGUGACAGGCACUUUGCAAGCAAGUAUCAGAUUCUUGGGAGGAAAGGAUUAAAAGGAUGCUGUCAACUUAAAACUGAGCCGGCUGGGGUGUUUUCUUAGAAAAUAUUUUGUAUUAUUAACUCUGACUUUGUCUCCUUACCAGUUUUUGUAGUUUUAUAAUAAUUUUAACUUUUUAAAACUCUUUUUGAAGCUUUUCAUUUUUCAUGCUGGGUGAGGAAAAUCCAUGCAACUGGGAAGCAGUCACUGAUCCUCGCUUGAAGAAAAUGCUGUCAAAUGCCUGCAAGGAAAUGCACGUGGGUGAGGCGGUGGGGGGAACAGACUCCCAAGUAUUCUUUCUAGAUAAUGUUGAAUGAUAUUGAAUAUUUCACAAAUGGACUUCUUUAAGCCUGCUUUUACAGGCUAUGAUAUUUAAAAGCUGUCUUUACCUGCUGAUUGAGAAUAUCCUGGAUCAAUGAAAAAUAUAAUAACCCCUUCUUUCUUUUCACUGCUUUCAUUCGAACAGUGAAAUCUUGUUCACUUUUAUUUUAUGGGGAUCUUUAGGUUUAUAGAUUUUUGUUUCAGAAGUGCCUGGGAAUUAUUCAUAUUUCAAAACUUGUUUAUUAUUGGGUUUUUUUGAAACAUUUUUGUUAGUACUAAAGACUUUUGGAUCCAACUUAAGUUGACAAUGCCCUUUAACGUGCACAUAAAAAUUGCAUUUCUUCUCUUAAAGGCCACUGUUAACAUGUCAACCAAAUAACUGAAGACAGUCUGGGUUUUGCCUUUUGUUGGAUUGUUUGAAAUUCAGAUUUUCUAUACGUCUAGAAAUAUUAGUAACAUGCAUGACAAUAUGAAAGGCGUGAAGUUGUUAAAACCUUCCCAGCGGCUCCAUUUGUACACGUACGUGUGGUGUGCGUGCCCACACAGAGCUGCUUUUAGGUCUGGAGUUACAGUUAAGAUGUCAUCAUGUUAACAUCACCGUGUAGGUCAGCAGAGCAGUUUUAGUAAAACACAGCCAGUGAAUAUAACAGCUUUAUUAUUUUUUAUUAAAUGAUUAUAGGCAGGUCUCUGGAUACUAGUAAAAUAAAAAUAAAAAAAACCCAGCAAAUAACCAAAAAUCAAAACAGAACAAACACCACCACCACCCAAAAAAAAAAAAAAUCCCUCUUAAAACAGCGUGCUGUACGUAGCAACUUUAAAUGCCAACCCCAAAUAUCCCAAGGCAAUAUAUGAGUCUUUAAACUUCGGACUACCAAUUGAGAUGCAAAAUAUUUUAACUGUCAAAAUACAUGACUCUCUACUCCUUACACGCUUUCAGCAUAACCAGCUAAGUCUUAUGAAGGCUUAGACACACAUGGUCGGUCCCACCGAUCACAAGUUACAAGGGUUAAAAUUUAUGCAUGCAGUAACAGUUUUGCAGAAUUAGAAACCAAAUCAGCUCUUGGAAAUUCUUAAAGUUCUUCAGUGGCAAGGCUUAUUUUCAUUUUUAGCUGCUGGCUUCUUUUUGGUUU